AUGGCCGCUCUCGUAUCCGCACUCGUCGAUGCCAAGUCCCUCCGCUCGGACCGCCCCCUCUCGCCAUCUCUCCCUCGACGGACGACAGAAGCAUGGCAGCACAUCAACAACAAUUGGCAGCUGUGAGCGAGCUCUGCGUAUUCUGGGGUCGGCUUCUUCUUCUUCGUCUGAUUCCUUCCUUUCGCCCUUCCGUUGUGUCGACUUCCCGGCCGCGAUGGAAGAAGACCUGGCGAGCAGUGAGGAGUUUGGAACAAACCUCAUGGCGCUGAGAGAGUGACAUGAAAUAGGGCUGCGUCGUGCUCGCUUUAUGAACAGGUGAACGCGGUCUGGCCAUCAAUAAGUGCUAAACGAAAUCUAAGGCCACAUUUUUUGUUCACACAAAGCUCCUAUCAAAGAUUAUGCGCACAUGGCGGGAGCUUCUGGGGGCGAAAUAGAAGAGGCGGUAUUGGAUAAUCAUUAUGCGAAGGUGCCACACAUCACCGAGGGUAGUAGACAUAACUGGAAAUGCCUGCUGCAAGGUUGUACUUUCCAUGACACUUUUUUCCAGAAAGAUAGCAUUGAAAAGCAUGGAAGAAAAGAUCAUUCGGACUACAAUCCCCAAUUUACACAGAAGCUUCCUCUUUGAUAAAAAACGAAUGGAGUUUCUAAGAAGUCUAACAAGAAAGAGUUGAUUGCCUUUCGUGACAAACAUUUUGGAAACUUUUGCGAACGUUGGAUCAAGCAAGAUAAAUUGAAGUUCUUCCGGGAUGAUGUAUGAAGAU